AUGACCGAAUCAGGAAGGCCAUCGCCGCUGAUCAGGGCCCCCAGCCAGCAGAUGGGACCUUCUUACAGGAUGUCCGAGGACAAGCCAACCGCCACAGUAUCGACCAACCCCAAGAUCAGCAACUUGCACAUUCUGCCUCAAUCGCCUCAACUCAUUGCUCUCCUCACGAUGCUCCGUGACAAGAACACCGGUCGGGCAGACUUCAUUUUUCACAGCAAUCGCAUUAGCCGUCUUCUGGUUGAGGAGGCUCUCAAUCAUCUUCCAGUCCUUCCACAUUCAGUCACGACUCCUGUUGGCCACACAUAUGCCGGCGUCGAAUUCGAGGGCAAGAUUUGCGGUGUUUCGAUCAUGCGUGCUGGUGAAGCUAUGGAGCAAGCACUCCGCGAAUGUUGCCGGAGCGUUCGUAUCGGCAAGAUUCUCAUUCAGCGAAACGAGGAGACGAGCCAGCCGCAGCUGUACUACGACAAGCUGCCUGAGGACAUCAAGGAUCGAUGGGUGCUUCUCUUGGAUCCGAUGCUCGCUACUGGAGGCUCAGCUUUAAUGGCUGUGCAGGUUCUGCUGUCCAAGGGCGUGCCAGAAGAGCGAAUCUUGUUUUUGAACUUGAUUGCUAGCCCUGAAGGAGCGCAGAACUUCGCAGAAAAGUACCCGAAGCUGAGGGUCGUCACUGCUUUUGUGGACUCCGGGCUGAACGAAAAGAACUACAUUGUGCCGGGACUUGGCGACUUUGGCGAUCGUUUCUACACCCUUUAA